AUUACAUAAUUGUGGGAAACAAAAUACUCUAAUAAAGAGAAGCAGUUAUCUGAAACGUAUGGUUGAUGCGUCUCUCAAUCUUCUUCUCCAUGAAGUUAUCUCCUUCUCACCUUCCUAUCAAUACCACACAUAGCACUUUUCUCUCCCGAACUUCAGUCUGUGCGGCUGAGUGUACACGAAGUAGGCUGAGCAUAUUAAAGUUAAUCUGUCAUGUAUCUAUGGUUCAGAAAUAUUCCCUAUCAUCAGGCUUUGCUGUUUCAUCCGAAGGAGAAGACUCAUAUAAACUGCUGUAUGCCAGAAAUGGCUCGGCAGAGAUGUUGCAGUUAAUGAGAUGUAAUGCAAGAAAACGAAGUGCUAAUGUGUCCAAGGGGCAAGUUUUAACUGAUGACUUUCAAGAAGAGGACUAUUCCAACACAGACAAGGGUUUUAACAUUAAGGAUGGUAAGGAAAAGGAAGUAGACAGAAGAAGAAAGAUUGGAUUAGCAAACAGAGGAAAAGUGCCAUGGAACAAAGGCAGAAAACAUAGUCCAGAGACUCGUGAAAAGAUCAGACAGAGAACCAAAGAAGCUUUGAGUGAUCCCAAGGUAAGACGAAAGAUGUCUGAAUGUCCACGCUCUCUUAGCAAUCAGACCAAGUUACGAAUACGCGCAUCUCUCAGAAAGCUCUGGGGUGAACGAUUAAAAUGGAAAAGGUCAAGGGAGAAAUUUUUUCAGUCAUGGGCUGAAAGCAUUGCAAAUGCUGCUAAGGUAGGUGGGAGCGACCAAGAAGAAUUAGAAUGGGACAGCUACGACAAGAUCAAAAGAGAGAUAGCUCUCGAACGACUUCAGUUGGCUGCAGAAAAGGCCAAGGCAAAAGAAAUCACACGCAUACGAGCUGAGAGAGCAGCACAGAGAAAGAUGGAAAGGAUGCAGAGACUUGCUCAAAGGAGAAAAGAACGAGAAGAAAAGCAAAAAGUUGAAGGAAAAACGAAGAGACCAAGAAAACGGUCAACGCAAGAGAAAGAAGAGUUAGCUGUUGCUGAAGAAUUGAAACUCAAGGCGAAAUUAGUGAAGAUUCAGAAGAAAAAGUCCACACUUAGCCAUGUUUGUAGAGAACAUCGUCGAGCUUGGGAAAAACUCGAUGUAUCAUUCAUAAAGACACCUCAAGUACAAAAAACAGUUUCACUUGCAGAUCAGAUUCGUGCUGCCAAGAAGAGAACAGGGGAUGUGAAUGGAAAAGCCUUUAGUAUUGCAUCCUCCGACUCUCAAUCUAUUGAAGUAUCUGCAGAGGCUAAAUUCUCCUCAGUGGAAACAAAAUGACAGAGAAGUAUUUUCUCCAAUCAUUAGCUACUUGCAUUGGCAUAUGAAAAUGUCUGGACAACUUUGCCUCCGUCUUCUUUGGGAGCUUUGUGCCCUUGGCCAUUCUGGGGAUCUGAAGCUCAAUGUAAUGUCUAUCACUCAUAUGAUGGAGAGGACACAUGUUAGAAUUUUCAAUUUCAGGAAUACCAUAAGCUACCUGUAGAAAGAGAAAUGGGAAAAGGAAAAGCGGCUUGUGAUAUUCAUGUUAUGCAAAAAAAUGGAUCGCCAACCAUCUCUGUACCUAGUCGCAUUUGCUGAUGAAUUAGUUCAAGCUGAAACUAGUUCAUUUUCAGUGUUACAUUCAACAGUUUUUCGUUGUUUAUCAACCUGCCCAUAUGAAAAAUAUUGUUGCUCGAUGAUGCCUAAAGAGGGAAGAUUGACUUGUAUUUGA